GUAGCUGUCACGACAAAAGAUAACGAGCAAGACCGAGUAAUCAGUGACGCGCGAGGCGUUCACCACCUGACAAAUAUACAAUCUACCAAACUCAAGAUCCACCGACAACUACCGUGCGCAUAUUUGCACUCGGAUAAUUGUCAAGUUCUUAUCAGACUUCUCCCCAUCUUCAGUGCGCAAGUAUAAAUCGGGCGAAUGCGAGAGCCCCUGUUAAAGAACUACUGCACAUUCAAAACUCAAAUUCCUGAAUCGAGGAGGACUGAGCUAAUCACUGUUCCACGAUUAAGCAUUAAAAACGGCGAAAAUAAUGUGCAUUCUGUUUAUUUAUCGGAAUCCAAACGCAACUGGGAAGGAUUAUCGUUUGAUUGUUGCAACAAAUAGAGAUGAGAAUUAUCAGAGACCGACGAGGGCCGCGUAUUACUGGGAAAAUCAUCCUGAUUGUCUAGGAGGGACUGACGAAGAGCCGACGAAGGAGGGAGGCACCUGGCUCGCGAUUUCAACGAAAGGCCGCGGCGGGGUACUUCUGAAUCUAUCUGAGCCACCCAGUGACGAUCAGGGCGCGGCAGACACUCUGAAGAAGGGCCGUGGCUUCCUCGUGACGAACUACGUUGUCUCGAGGGAGAGUACGGAGAGCUACUUGAGCAAUUUGUACGAGGAAAACAGGAAGUUCAAUACGUACAAUCCGUACACGCUAGUUCUUCUUGAUUUGAGAACAGCUGACGUCAGCUUCUUAAGCAGUUCCAGGACCUGCAAAGGGCCGGAACUCUCCGUAACCGAUACAAUUCUGGGUUUCGGUAACACAUCAGUGGAGACGCCUUACAAAAAAGUGAUACAUGGAAAGGAACAAUUCAGGAAAAUCAUCGACGACUCCAAAGAUGUUCAGGAGAAGGUGCUCAUUGAGAAGCUCAUCCAGUUCCUCAAGUCGAACGAGCAGCAUUUACCGGACGAUGUAAUGGAGGAGAUCCACCAGGAAGAGAGCGAAGCUCUCUGCUCGAUAUUUGUGCGGUCAGAGGGGCGUAAUUAUGGUACGAGAACACACACUGUGAUACUUGUAGACGCAUCAGACAGAGUCACAUUUGUCGAGGAGACUAUGAACGAGGAUAAAACGUGGAGUCGUCAGCAUUUUAUUACAUCUCUCGAAUGA